CAUCCGUACACGACUGCGAAGGAGCUGAGCGGCGUGUGGCAACGAGUCAAGCGGGGCUCUCGGUGCGUGCUUUCCCGCAUUAAUAUGGCGUGGAGGGCGGCGUGAGUGUGCAACAUCCUCCCAGCGCCAUGGCCGCAUUCCUCGCGACGACGACGAUGAUGAUGACGAUGAAUGUGAUGGCGGCAUCCGGGCAGGAGGACGCCGCCGCGUUGGAGGACCUUGCCACGGAGAAGGAAGCCGAGGAGAGCCACCGGCAGGACAGCGUCAAUCUGCUGACCUUCAUCCUGCUGCUCACCCUCACCAUCCUCACGAUAUGGCUCUUCAAGCACCGGCGCGUACGCUUCCUGCACGAAACCGGCCUGGCGAUGAUUUACGGCCUGCUGGUGGGCGUCAUCCUGCGUUACGGCAUCCCCGCCACCAGCUACCACAACAAGAGCCCCCCCAGCUGUGCGCUGACCAAAGGGCCCGCCAGCAGCAGUCUACUGCUCAACAUCAGCGGCAAGUUCUUUGAGUACACCCUCAAAGGCGAGAUCGAUUCCCGUGACAUUCACAACGUGGAGCAGAACGACAUGCUGCGCAAGGUUACCUUCGACCCGGAAGUCUUCUUCAACAUUUUGCUGCCUCCCAUUAUUUUCCACGCCGGCUACAGCCUGAAGAAGAAACAUUUCUUCAGGAAUCUGGGCUCCAUUCUCACCUACGCAUUCCUAGGCACGGCUGUAUCGUGUUUCGUGAUCGGGAAUUUGAUGUACGGCGUGGUCAAACUGAUGCAAGUGGUCGGCCAGCUGAGUGACAAGUUCUACUACACUGACUGUCUUUUCUUCGGGGCCAUCAUCUCAGCCACCGACCCAGUGACAGUGUUGGCCAUCUUCAACGAGCUGCACGCGGAUGGCGACCUGUACGCUCUGCUGUUCGGCGAGAGCGUCAUGAAUGAUGCCGUGGCCAUCGUGCUGUCCUCCUCCAUCAUGGCCUACCAGCCCCGAGGCGCCAACACGCACAUGUUCGACGCCUCGGCUUUCUUCAAGUCCGUUGGGGUUUUCCUGGGGAUUUUCAGCGGCUCCUUCAUGAUGGGUGCCGCCACGGGAGUGGUCACCGCUCUCGUGACCAAAUUUACCAAGCUGCACUGCUUCCCCCUGCUGGAGACGGCCCUCUUCUUCCUAAUGUCCUGGAGCACCUUCCUGUUGGCGGAGGCUUGCGGAUUCACAGGUGUGGUGUCUGUGCUUUUCUGCGGCAUCACUCAGGCACACUACACCUACAACAACCUCUCCGUGGAGUCCACCAAGCGUACAAAGCAGCUCUUCGAGGUCCUUCACUUCCUGGCUGAGAACUUUAUCUUCUCCUACAUGGGCUUGGCUCUGUUUACUUUCCAGAGCCACGUCUUCAGCCCUAUCUUCAUCACGGGUGCUUUUAUUGCCAUCUUCCUGGGACGAGCCUUAAACAUCUACCCGCUCUCCUUCCUGCUCAACCUGGGCCGCCGACACAAGAUUAAAGGAAACUUCCAGCACAUGAUGAUGUUUGCUGGACUGCGCGGGGCGAUGGCGUUCGCCUUGGCCAUCCGCGACACGGCGACCUACGCCCGACAGAUGAUCUUCACCACCACGCUGCUCAUCGUCUUCUUCACCGUGUGGGUCUUUGGAGGAGGGACCACGCCCAUGUUGUCUUGGCUGCACAUCAGGGUGGGAGUGGACCCAGAUCAAGACCCGCAACCUUGUGUCGACACCUUCCAGGUCCUACAAGGGGAUGUCCCCCAGGGUGAAGGACAGAACAAAACCAAACAGGAGAGCGCCUGGCUCUUCAGGAUGUGGUACACCUUUGAUCACAACUACUUGAAGCCCAUCCUGACGCACAGCGGCCCCCCGCUCGCUUCCACGCUGCCCGGCUACUGCGGACCCCUGGCCAGCUGCCUGACCAGCCCACGCGCCUACGAGAACCAGGAGCAGCUGAGAGACCCGGACGGCGACGACGGCGACCUGUCCUUCACGUUCGGCGACGCGGCCAUCGCCACCAACGGGCUGUCGGGUGACGGCGGAACGACCGGGUGGAACGCCAACGGAAAACGCAGCGGCAGCACGUCCGAGGAAGCUCUGGAGCGCGAGCUGGACUCCCGAGAGCAGGAACUGCUGAGCCGAGGCACCCGCUUGGUUUUCCCCAUCGAGGAUCACAUCUGAUAAGCACUCGAUGUUCUUCCGAGAUAUGUUUUAUUUUUGUCAAAUUAGGCCAAAUAUGACUUUGAACAUUAAUAACGUUGACCACAUUGUCUUAAAAAAAGAGAAAAACUCAAGAUGAAGCAAUUAUCAACAUUUCCUCCGCCGAGGAACUUGUUGCCAUCAUCCCUGUUGGAUUUCUCUGGAAUGUGAGUAGACAUCGGCCCAUGAUUUCGCAACGAUUAUCAUUAUCAACUUCAAAAUAUCGGACUAUGGGGCAGGGAAUGCAUUGCCCCUCCAGACGUCUCUAUUAGCGCACCACCAGCUGACGUGAGAUAACAAAAAAGCUUUGCCAUAAUGAAAAUUUGUCACAACGACCAGCUUUGUUAUGUCUUAUGACUGUUAACAUUUGCAGCUGUGUGUCUCCAGGCUUUUUGAGCCUUGGCGGAGGUCGAACAUCAAGCCUAAAAAAGCAUAAGGGCGCGGUUCUUUUUUUUUAGAUUUUUUUUUAGACUAUUGUAAUGAAUCAAAAAUAUCUGCAUGAAAUCCUGUUUGCUGGUUAAAUCCCCGCCCGCAGACCCAAAAUUUAGUUCAGCUUCUUUGGCACUUUAACAUCACCAGCCUUAUUAUUACUGACCGAUGAAGCAUUUU